UUGAGUUUAAAUCUUGUACCAGGAAAUAUCCAGAUGUCAAAUUGCGCCUAGUUCUAGUGCAAGAAUUGGGAGUUGAGAAGGACAACGUUUUGUUCUCGCUUUUAAGGCACUAUUGCUUUGUGAUAAAACCAUGUCGAAAAAUCAGAUAUAUUACUCUGACAAGUACAUAGAUGAGGAAUUUGAGUACAGGCAUGUUAUGCUCCCGAAGCAACUGUCCAAGUUGGUGCCGCAGUCUCACCUGAUGACUGAGGAGGAGUGGAGGGGUUUAGGAGUGCAGCAGAGCCAAGGCUGGGUCCACUACAUGAUUCACAAACCAGAACCGCACAUACUGCUCUUCCGAAGACCCCUCCCUAAGGAAUGAGAAGGCCACCGGAAGGAAACCGCUCCAGUGGAAUGCACUGUCUCAGAUGGGAACAAAUUGUGCUAAAUUCUCUGCUUGUGUUUUGGUUUGUACAUAAGAGGCCUUCUGCAGAUCUUUGGUAUUAACGUCCCCCCUCAGACCUUUGGAUGUGUAUUACAGGCCACCAGCGGAGAGCUGGGUGAAGUGUGCAGCCCUAAGGCUGGUGGACAGAGGCUGUGUGUUAUAGAUCAAGCCACAAAGAGCUCUGGGAAAUCGAGGAAAGAUGGUGUUUCUUUUUGUGCGAUAGAUUGAGUGAUCUCAGUUAUAAGCUAAGCUGCUAUGUUGUCACUAAACUGAAGUGUUGGCAGCACAACCUGGAAGUUCAGUGGAUUAGUAAUUUGUCUGGAAAUGAGUUAGAAGGUCUGAAAUUGUACUUGGUCUUUCUUUGUCUUUACCUUCUUUAUGUUAUGUAUUAUAGUAGACCAGUGACUUUCCUGCUGUCCUUUGACUUUGUUGAUACCAUGGCAACAAAAUAAAUAUUUUUCUGUA